UGUAUAUGAAGGUGUUAUACUUUUGUGCAUUGUAAAGGGCUAUCUCUGCUAUCUGCAGUCAUAGCAAUAGGCUCAUAAAACCCAUGGGUUAGCUGAUUUUAUAUGUGCACUCAUGCCCAGGUUGGAGGGGUUAAUGGUAGAUUACCCUAUUAUUUAGCCAUUAUUUUGCUUUUAUCUAUCACCUCAAUUAAAUUAAUGAUUAAUUAGAUGUAAUAUUUGGCCUUUUACUGCCCUUGAGCCAGGAGUUGUCCAGUCAUGUCCAGACUAUAUUUGUCAAAACUACAGGUUCCUAAACCUGUUUUCAGGCUACACCAGUGGUACAUGAUUGGUCAGGUAUCUACUGAAAUGCACUGGUGAUGAGGCUGGAAGUUUGGUUUGAAAACCUGUGGUCUAGGUAAAUUAUGUCAGAUUUGUGGCACUCUAAAACUCUUAUCAUUUGGUUUAGGAUAUUGGGAAUUGUGUAUCAUAGCAACUGCAGGGCCAUCUGAUUAGUUUAAUUUAUUUGAUUCUGAAGUCUGCUAGAAUCUACCAGAUGUAGACAACCACUGGUACUCCAAAUGUUACAAAACCUUAACGCCAAGGAACCCUGAAUUUGUUGAACUAGUUAGCUGAAGGCUUCUCGAAGUUGUAGUUCUGUGACAUCUGGAGUGGCUAAGGUUGCCUAUUCUGUAUUGAACAGAAUCAUUCUUAGUAUUUUAUAAAAAUGCCCUUAAAAGUUCUGUUCACUUUCCUAAAAUUAUCUUUCCUUUAGUUUAUAAGGAUUUUGUUCAUUAUAAGGAUUUUUUAUUAAUGUAAGUAGCUCAAUAUUGUUCAAUAAUCUAUGACUUGCAGUGAAAUAUCAAGGUAUUGCUUGCUCAGUCAGAAAAAAAUCCAGAAUGUAUAUCUAACAAAAUAGUGUUUGUAUCCAUAAAAUAAUGUUUCCUCUCCAAACAUGGGCAAAGUUAAAAAAGAGCACACAAACUACCAUUGCCAUUAGCUCACAUAUGCUACAGAUCAUCUACUAUAUAUUAUUUUAUAGCUUCUUCCAAUUAGCUUAGUUAACAUUUUAGAAAUAUAUAUUAUUUCUUAAUCCAUGUGCCUGUUGAAACCUCAUUACGUCAGAUGAUACUGAUGGAAUGUCAUGAAACAGUAUCAUAAAAUACAUACAGACAUUAUUUUGAUACAAUAAACAUGUGCUUUUUAAGAAGACAUCUUAAUAAACUCACAUGUUUAUUACUGGCUGAAACAUGUUUCUGCAAGUGCCAUAUCUAUAUUUUACAGCAUUUUAUUUUGUGACUCCAUUGUAUCUAUACAAAAAAUAAAACCAAACAAAAAAACUAAUUAAAAGCUGAAACAAGUUACAAGAACAGCAGCAAUUGUACUUUGGCAUCUUUGGAACAGAAAUGACUAGACUAGACCUUGUGUUUGCACUGGACGUCAGCCAAUAUGCAUGACUGUGAAGCAUUGACGUGGCACUGAAACAUGCAUCUUUAUAUUUUUGCUCCUUAUGAACCAGAUAGCACAUGGGAUGCAAUGAGAACAUUCAGCAAGUUUCAAUUCCAAUUUCCUAUUUCUGCGAGUGAAAGUUUAAGUUAUCCUAGAUUGAUAGAGAAUGUAUUGGUAGACAUUGCAUCUUAUGUGGGAUAUAUCUGGUGUUUUAUUAUUUGUUUUAUAGUGUCAUUUCAAUGUAAUGUGCUGUUCUUUGUGUCUUUGUUGUCUCUUUUUUUUCUUUGUCCCCUCAACAGCAUUUUGUCCCGAUCAGGGAAGAAGGAGAAUCAAGAUGCCUCCAAUUUGACAGUGCCCAUGACCAUGUGUCUUUUUCCUGUGCCAUUCCCACUCACUCCAUCUCUAAGACCACAGGUCAGUUCCAUCAACCCUACUGUUACUCGCUCCCUCCUUUACAGCGUCCUGCGAGAUUCUCCAUCAGAACGAGGUCAACAAAGCCGUGAUGCUCAAUUAUCAGAGUACCCAUCAUUGGACUAUCAGGGGCUUUAUGUGACUUUGGUGACCCUUUUGGACCUAGUCCCUUUACUUCAGCAUGGCCAACAUGAUCUUGGACAAUCUAUAUUUUAUACAACUACAUGUCUUUUACCAUUUUUGAGUGAUGAUAUUUUGAGUACUUUGCCCUAUACAAUGAUUUCAACUCUGGCCACGUUUCCUCCAUUUCUGCACAAGGAUAUUAUAGAAUAUCUCAGUACUUCAUUUCUGCCGAUGGCUAUAUGUAAGUCUGUGGAACCAAAUGAACAAGUAGGCUCCAGUCGAAGAGAGGGGGGAGUACCUGCACAUGUCAACCUUUCUGCUUCUUCCAUGCUUAUGAUAGCAAUGCAGUAUACUACAAAUCCUGUAUAUCACUGUCAGCUGCUGGAAUGUCUAAUGAAAUAUAAACAAGAGGUGUGGAAAGAUUUGCUUUAUGUAAUAGCCUAUGGGCCUUCACAAGUAAAGCCUCCUGCUGUCCAAAUGCUGUUUCAUUAUUGGCCAAAUUUAAAACCUCCCGGAGCAAUAACUGAGUACCGAGGCUUACAGUACACGGCUUGGAAUCCAAUUCACUGCCAACAUAUAGAAUGCCACAAUGCCAUCAACAAGCCAGCAGUGAAGAUGUGCAUAGAUGCCUCCCUGUCUGUUGCUUUGGGGGAUAAACCACCUCCAUUGUAUCUCUGUGAAGAAUGCAGCCAAAGAAUUGCAGGGGACCAUGGUGAAUGGUUGAUUGAUGUUCUCCUGCCACAAGCUGAAAUAUCAGCCAUUUGUCAGAAAAAGAACUGUAGCUCUCACGUUCGGAGAGCUGUGGUCACUUGUUUCUCAGCGGGAUGCUGUGGUCGCCAUGGUAACAGACCUGUGCGUUACUGCAAAAGAUGUCAUUCCUACCACCAUAGCAAUGAAGUAGGAGCCGGGGCUGCAGCAGAGACUCAUCUUUUUCAGACCUCGCCCCCUCCAAUCAACACUCGGGAGUGUGGAGCAGAGGAACUGGUGUGUGCAGUGGAAGCAGUAAUUAGUUUGCUGAAGGAAGCUGAGUUUCAUGCUGAACAGAGAGAAUAUGAGAUGAACCGCAGGAGGCAAAUGGGCCUUUCCUCUUCACAUCACUCCUUAGACAAUGCAGAUUUUGAUAACAAGGAUGAUGACAAACAUGAUCAGCGCCUAUUGAGUCAGUUUGGCAUUUGGUUUUUGGUGAGCCUUUGUACUCCCAGUGAAAACACCCCUACAGAAAGCCUGGCACGGCUGGUCAGUAUGGUCUUCCAGUGGUUUCAUUCAACAGCUUACAUGAUGGAUGAUGAAGUAGGAAGUCUUGUUGAGAAGCUGAAACCCCAAUUUGUUACUAAAUGGUUGAAAACUGUGUGUGAAAUUCGAUUUGAUGUCAUGGUUAUGUGCCUACUCCCCAAGCCAAUGGAAUUUGCCAGGGUUGGUGGGUAUUGGGACAAAUCAUGCAGUACAGUGACACAGCUAAAAGAAGGUCUAAAUAGAAUACUUUGCCUUAUCCCUUAUAAUGUAAUAAACCAGCAAGUGUGGGAAUGCAUUAUGCCUGAAUGGCUGGAAGCCAUUCGAACAGAAGUUCCAGACACCCAGCUCAAAGAGUUCCGUGAGGUUCUAAGCAAAAUGUUUGAUAUUGAGCUUUGCCCACUGCCAUUUUCCAUGGAGGAGAUGUUUGGAUUCAUUAGCUGUCGCUUUACUGGGUAUCCAUCCUCUGUUCAAGAGCAGGCAUUGCUGUGGCUUCAUGUGCUGUCUGAGUUAGACAUAGUGGUUCCUCUUCAGCUGCUCAUAAGCAUGUUUUCUGAUGGAGUCAAUUCAGUUAAAGAACUAGCCAAUCAACGGAAGGUUCGCGUCAAUGAUCUGGCUGGAAACAUUGCAGGCCACCGGGGCAGUAUUGCUUCUGACCCUGGACGCCGAGUUCAACACAGCAUGCUCAGCCCCUUUCCUAGCCCAUUUCACAGUCCUUUUCGUAGCCCCAUGCGCAGUCCUUUUCGCAGCCCCUUUAAGAACUAUGGACAUCCCGGAGGAAGGACUAUUGACUUUGACUGUGAUGAUGAUGAAAUGAAUCUGAACUGCUUCAUACUAAUGUUUGACCUCAUUCUGAAACAGAUGGAAUUACAGGAUGAUGGGAUCACUAUGGGCUUGGAGAAUAGCCUGUCAAAGGAUAUUAUUUCCAUUAUAAACAACGUAUUACAGGCCCCAUGGGGUGGUUCCCAUACAUGUCAAAAGGAUGAGAAAGCAGUUGAAUGCAGUCUCUGUCAAUCCAGCAUCUUAUGUUAUCAGAUGGCCUGUGAGCUGCUUGAGCGGCUAGCUCCUAAGGAAGAGAUCCGGCUUGUUGAGCCCACUGACAGCCUGGAAGAGAGUUUGCUGUUCUCCAGAGCUGAUUUUAUUAUUGCAACAGAGGGAGAAGAGGAGAACAACCCAAAAAACAAGCACAGUGAUAAUCCAGGGAACCACACUGAAUCAACAGAGCCUGCAGCCACAACAGCGGUCAAGAAUGAUACAGAUCGAAAGUUCUGUUAUCAGCAGCUUCCUGUGACUCUGAAGCUGAUAUACACCAUUUUGCAGGAAAUGUCAAAGUUUGAUGAACCUGACAUUCUCUUUAAUAUGCUGGCUUGUCUCAAGAUCCUCUGUCUGCACGGGGAGUGCCUGUAUAUUGCUAAGAAAGACCACCUGGUGUUUUUAGCUUAUAUUCAGGAGCACAUGCUGAUUUCAAGUUUAUGGCGAGUUCUAAAAUCAGAGUUCUCUCAGCUCUCUUCAUUGGGUGCCCCACUGCUUCUCCAUGCUCUCUCACUACCUCAUGGGGCAGACAUUUUCUGGACCAUAAUAAACAGCAAUUUUAAUAGCAAGGACUGGAAAAUGAGGUUUGAAGCAGUGGAGAAAGUCGCCGUCUUGUGCAGAUUUUUGGAUAUUCACUCAGUCACAAAGAACCAUUUGCUAAAGUAUUCUUUGGCGCAUGCCUUCUGUUGUUUCCUGACUGCGGUAGAAGAUGUGAAUCCUGCAGUUGCUACAAGAGCAGGGCUUCUUCUGGACACCAUUAAGAGACCAGCGUUACAGGGUUUGUGCCUUUGCCUUGACUUUCAGUUUGAUACUGUUGUUAAAGACAGGCCGACAAUCCUUAGCAAACUCCUGUUGCUCCAUUUCCUGAAGCAGGAUAUACCGGCUCUGAGCUGGGAAUUCUUUGUCAAUAGGUUUGAUACACUUUCCUUGGAAGCACAGCUCCAUUUGGAUUGCAACAAAGAAUUCCCAUUUCCUACCACAAUCACUGCUGUGAGGACCAAUGUGGCCAACCUCAGUGAUGCUGCAAUGUGGAAGAUCAAGAGGGCACGUUUUGCUCGUAAUCGCCAGAAGAGUGUUCGCUCCCUACGAGACAGCGUCAAAGGACCUGGAGAAUCUAAGAGAGCUUUAUCCCUACCGGAAACGCUGAGCACCAAAAUCCCUGUCAGGCUGACAAGACAUGAGCAGUCAGCACCAGCUCUUGGGGGAACAGCAGAGCAAACACAAGCCCAACAGUCUCCAGAAAAUGAUAAUAUAAUCAAGGAUCCACUGCCAGAGGAUGCUGGAAUUGACCACCAGACUGUUCACCAGCUGAUUAUUGUAUUAAUGAAAUUUAUGGCAAAAGACAAGAGCAGCGCCGAGGCUGAUAUCAGUAGUGCCAAAGCCUUCAACACUGUGAAACGCCAUCUAUAUGUUCUGCUUGGGUUUGACCAACAAGAAGGAUACUUUACAAUUGCACCACAGAAGAUGCGCACAUCAACUUGCUUCAAUGCUUUCAUUGCAGGAGUUGCACAGGUGAUGGAUUAUAAUAUUAACCUUGGAAAACAUCUUCUGCCACUUGUGGUACAAGUACUAAAAUACUGUGCCUGUCCCCAGCUGCGUCAUUACUUCCAGCAGCCACCUCGCUGCUCCCUGUGGUCUCUUAAACCUCAUAUUAGACAAAUGUGGCUAAAGGCAUUGCUUGUCAUACUUUAUAAGUAUCCAUACAGAGAAGCUGAUCUGAGCAAGAUUGUCCUACAUCUGAUUCACAUCACAGUCAAUACCCUUAAUGCUCAAUAUCACAGCUGCAAACCACAUGCAACUGCUGGACCUCUCUACAGUGACAACAGUAAUAUCAGCAGAUACAGUGAAAAAGAGAAAGAAGAGGAUAGUGUCUUUGAUGAGUCAGACAUACAUGAUACCCCCACCGGAGCUUGUAACAAGGAAUCCCAAACCUUCUUUGCUCGUCUGAAAAGAAUUGGUGGCAGUAAAGUGAAAUAUCAACCUGUGGACAUGAAUGCCCAGCGAAGUGAAAUUGAACUAUCAGAAUAUAAAGAACCUGGCAAUUUGCAAGAUAGCAUUCUGCGCUGUGCCAGAGAAGAAGGCAUCCAGAAGAAAAGACUGCGAUCUCUUAAGCAGAAAUCCCUUGAUAUUGGUAAUACAGACUCAUUAUUAUUUACCUUAGAUGAACAUCGAAGGAAGUCCUGUAUUGAUCGUUGUGAUAUAACCCAUCCCAUCACUCAUAAAGUGAAUGAUUAUGGUAGGCAAAAUUCAUCCAGUGGGCCUGAAAAUGUGGUUGCCAAUGAAAAUGUAUCAACAAGAGAAAGUUUCAAUGAAACAAGGAGACCUGUCAUACCUGAGGUGAGACUGAGUUGCAUGGAGACAUUUGAAGUGAAAAUUGAUUCUCCAACUAAGCCACCUUCACCAAGAGAAGAUUUGGAUCUGAUAGACCUAUCUUCUGAUUCAACAUCAGGGCCAGAAAAACAAUCUAUGUUAUCAAACUCUGAUAGUGACUCCUUGAUAUUUGAGCCGUUGCCACCCUUGAGAAUAGUGGAAAGUGAUGAUGAAGAAUUUCAGCUCAUGAACAAUGGCAGUAUUGUUGUGUCUGCGUCUUCAACUCCCAUCAGUGCUUCAGUACUUAGCUUGAGCAUGAUGCCCUUAGUACAAGUAAGCAUAGAGGAUUGCUCAAAAGAUUUUGGUACUAGCGAUUUCAACUUUAAUCCAGUGUUACAAAUUGAGGAUACCCCUCCCCAUUCUCAUGAAAAUCAAAAAGACUUUGAAGAGCUGUGUAAGCCAGGGGACGAUCAGGAGGGCUCCAGUGGGAGCCCACUUACGCUAAAGCAAAAGAGAGAUCAACUACGCAAGUCCUGUGCACUUGCUGAGCUGUCCCUUGAUGACAACUCUGAGGAUGCAAUGGAGGAAAACAAUACUGGAGAAAAGAGUGAGCCUUUGAAUGUCACAGAGGACACCGAAAAUCAAACAGAUAGUGAAAAGCCAGACGUGGGAAAUGAAUCAGACACAGAGCAAAAUGCAGAGCCAAAAGAAGAAGCUGAAGAAUUUAAAAUCCAAAUAGUUCCCAGGCAAAGGAAACAAAGAAAGAUUGCUGUUAGUGCCAUACAGAGAGAGUACUUGGACAUCACCUUCAACAUUUUAGAUAAACUAGGAGAGCAGAAGGACACAGAGUCUGACUCUAAAGGGCUUUCCAUUCUGGAGAUCCCUAGAGAGUCCUCAUCUGCACCAACCUUGGACGCAGUUGUCCCUGAGACCAGCAGCCGCUCCUCCCUGACGACUCAGUACAGACAAAUGAAAAGAGGCUCACUUGGCGCUAUGACAAUGACCCAAAUAAUGAAAAGGCAGCUUGAACACCAAUCAAGCGCUCCACACAACAUCAGUAACUGGGAUCCUGAUGACCCAAAAGCAGGACAUGAAGUUCUUGGCAGUAUUUCUGAGGUCUCUAUGGGGAGGACAAGCAUUCCAUACAUACAGAUUGGAGCAACCAAGUCCAGCCUUCUGUCAGCACCAAGCAUUGUCAGCAUGUUUGUCCCAGCCCCAGAAGACUUUACAGAUGAUCAACCAACGAUAAUGUCUGACAAGUGCCAUGAUUGUGGAGCUGUUUUGGAGGAAUAUGAUGAAGAAACACUAGGCCUUGCUAUAGUUGUUCUGCUGACAUUUAUACACCUCAGUCCAGAUUUAGCAGCUCCUCUCCUUUUGGAUAUUAUGCAGUCUGUUGGGAGGUUGGCAUCGAGUACAAACUUCUCUAACCAGGCUGAAAGCAUGAUGAUUCCUGGUAAUGCUGCAGGGGUGGCUAAGCAGUUUCUCCGCUGCGUUUUCCAUCAGCUUGCUCCCAAUGGUAUAUUUACCCAGCUGUUCCAGAGCAAUAUCAAAGAUGGGAGCUUCCUACGGACUCUCGCUAACUCUCUCAUGGAUUUCAGUGAGCUCAGUUCUUUUGCUGCUCUGAGCCAACUGUUGGAGGGUCUAAAUAACAAAAAGAACCUACCAGCAGGUGGAGCAAUGUUACGAUGUUUAGACAAUAUUGCUACAUUCAUGGAAGCACUUCCCAUGGAUUCCCCUAGCAAUCUCUGGACCACCAUCUGUAACCAGUUUCAGACUUUUUUCACCAAACUCCCUUCUGUUCUCCCACUUAAGUGUUCCCUGGAUUCCAGCCUGAGGAUAAUGAUUUGUCUGCUAAAGAUUCCAACGUCCAAUGCCACCAGGAGCCUGCUGGAACCCUUUUCUAAGCUCCUGAGUUUCGUGAUUCAGAAUGGAGUAUUUACCCUGGCUUACCUAGUCGAACUAUGUGGCUUGUGUUACCGAGCAUUUACAAAGGAAAGAGAUAAAUUCUACUUGACUCGGAGUGUCAUCUUAGACCUUUUGCAGGCUUUGAAAUUAAAGUCUCCUUUGCCCGACACAAACCUUCUGCUCCUUGUACAGUUUAUUUGCACAGAUGUUGGAACAAAGUUAGCUGAGUCAACAAUAAUUCAUAAACAGAUGAUUGCUUCUUUACCUGGGUGUGGUACAGCAGCCAUGGAGUGCACGAGGCAGUACAUCAGUGAGCUGCUGGACUUUAUAGCAGAUAUGCACACUCUAACCAAGCUGAAGAGUCACAUGAAGACUUGCUCCCAGCCUUUACAUGAAGACACAUUUGGAGGUCAUCUUAAAGUUGGUCUUGCUCAGAUUGCUGCAAUGGAGAUAACAAGAGGGAACCAUCGGGACAACAAGGCAGUCAUUCGGUAUUUACCUUGGUUGUACCACCCUCCUUCAGCAAUGCAGCAGGGGCCUAAAGAAUUCAUCGAAUGCGUUUCACACAUCCGCCUCCUGUCAUGGCUUCUGCUGGGAUCCCUCACUCAUGGAGUGGUGUGUGUGAACUCUCCUACACCCUGUAUGCCUAUUCCUCUGGAUGCUGGUUCCCAUGUUGCUGAUCAUCUCAUUGUAAUUCUAAUUGGCUUCCCUGAACAGUCAAAGACAUCGGUUCUCCACAUGUGCUCGCUUUUCCAUGCCUUCAUCUUUGCUCAGCUCUGGACAGUAUAUUGUGAGCAGGCAGCGAUUGCCCCAUCCGUUCAGAAUCAAAAUGAGUUCAGCUUUACGGCAGUCCUUACGGCUUUGGAAUUCUGGAGCCGAGUGACACCCAGCAUCCUACAGCUUAUGGCGCAUAACACUGUGAUGGUCGAAAUGGUUUGCCUUCACCUUAUAAGUUUAAUGGAGGCUCUGCAGGAAUGCAAUUCAACUGUAUUUGUUAAGCUUAUACCAAUGUGGCUUCCCAUGAUCCAAUCAAAUCUAAAGCAUCUAUCUGCAGGGCUACAGUUGCGUCUUCAAGCAAUUCAGAACAACGUGAACCAACAGAACCUAAGGAUGUUACAGGGGUCAGCACAGAUAACCCAUAAUUCUGCGGUCCUGCGAAAGUGGCUGCAGUGCACUCAGUUCAAAAUGGCUCAGGUAGAAAUCCAGUCCUCUGAGGCUGCCUCACAAUUUUACCCCUUAUAACUUAGAUGUUAUAAGUAAGGAAAACAUCUCUGAUAUACCUCCUGAUACAUGGUUCCUGAACAUCUCCUGGAUACAUUUUUCAGUAUCGUCCUGAUAUUUAAUGAAUUAUACCACUUGUUAUUGAUCUUGUAUGCAUGGGAGAUGUGUUUUUUUUUAGCUUUUAGAGGAAUACAUGAAGGGGUUUGUCCACCUUUUAGUAUGUUUUAGAAUGGACAAUUCUAAGCAACUUUUCAAUUGGUCUUCAUUUUUUCUGAUUUAUAGUUUUUUUUCAAUUAUUUGCCUUCUUUUUCUGCCUCUUUUCAGCUUUCAGAUGGGGGAUCACUGACCAAGCAGCCAAAAACCUGUUUCUCUGUGAGGCUACAAUUUUAUUGUAACUGUUACUUUUUAUUAGUUACCUUUGUAGUCACACCCUUUUUCUAUUUGUAUUCCAGUUUCUCAUUCAAAUCAAUGCCUAGUUGCUAGGGCAAUUUGGACCCUAGCAAACAGAUAGCUACUGAUAUACGAAACUUGAGAGCUGCUACCUAAAAAUCCAAAAGCUACAAAUAAUAACAAAUGAAGACCAAUUGCAAAUUGUCUCAGAAUAUCACCCUUUACAUCAUACUAAAGUUAAUUUAAGGUGGACAAAGCCUUUAAAGGCAAAAAGACAAAAUCAGCUAUUUCUGGCUGUAUCUCCUCCUUCUAAUUUCUGAUUAUACGAAUCUGUUAUUGUCACCAACACUACUCUUUAAGUAUCUUUUCCUCUCAAGCUACCCCUACCCAUCAAUGUACCUUAUAGUACACUAAAAGAUCGGUUACUAAUGUUGUCCCCUAAAUGACUGUCCAGCUGUCAGUGCACUUUGCUGUACUGUGUUGAACUUCCAAGAUCAAUAGAUCAAGAUAUGCUUACAUAUAAGUCAAGGCUGCAUAAAUAGCAGACAGAAUACAGAAUAGUUUUAUAUAUGUGUAUAUAUAUAUAUAUAUAUAUAUAUAUAUAUAGAUAUGAUAAGGUCUUAUUUACUAACAAUGCAAUGUGCAAAAAGAAUCACCACAAUGCAGCAUUUAUCUCAGAAUUUCAGUUUCAUUCUGGUUGCCAGCAAAGCGGUGCAUGCUGCAACUUGCACAUGAUUUACAAAAAUGGGUGCAAAGCAUGCAUCUGUCAUGGCAUCAUUUCCAGUGCAGUGACAUAGGAAAUGAUCACAGGUACCAAAUAGUAUGUAAUGAUGCAAGAAUUUUAACAGCUGCAGUUUUGCAUCCAUUGUUAUUAACUUUGCCUUUGCAAUUGUAAAUAAGCCCUGUAGUGUAUUUAAUGUGAUGGUGUUGAUGGGAGAUAAAUAUAUAUAUAUAUUGAAAAAAGAUACUUUAAACAUUCAGUGUAUAAAAAUGUAAAUAUAAUAUAUUGCUAUAUUUAAGAUAUUAUAUCACUUUAAAAUUGACUAUUAAAAAGAAAUACAUUUUUUGAAAUUUAAAGCCAUUUUGGGCCUCAUGAAACCUUGAUGGGGUCUUUAUAAGCAGAACGUCACUGUGUGGUACAUCCUUGCACUUACAUUCAUUUGAUUGGAGUAGCAAACACUGCUCUUAUGGCAACUUGUGUGCAUUGCUAACCUGCAGCCUGCACAUACUGACACUGCAAUGUAUGCAAGGAAAUUUAGAAAAAGAAUUGCCACAUUAACACAUUAUAUGGUAUUUUAUUAUAUUUUUUCAAGAGUUUUCAAUUUCACCAGAAUAUGAAAAGUGCACUUAGAAUUUAUGUAGGAAACUUGUGUUUAUUUUGUCUUUUUAUAGGAAUAUACAAUUGUUUUAAAGCUGUGUUUUGUUUCUGUGUGAUUUUAUUGCUGCUUAUUGCAGAUUUCUAUGUGUACCCAAGCUACUUUGAUUCUGCUAACUACUAGAGAAUUAUAUGUUUCAGCAAUGAGGCAAAAACACCUUUUGUUAGAACUGGAAACCACAUCAGCAUUAAACAGUGGCACUCCAGCCACGGGGCAAAGUAAGAACCUUGCCUUAGGCUGUACUUAACUAGGUAGGGCAAAGGCUGUUCCUUGUGGACCCCAAAUUCGGUGUUUUUUAAAAGAAUAUUUAUCUUUUCUAGUGCAGUUGCACCAGGGCUGCUCCUGCCAUGAAACAAGGUAAGAACCUUGGCUCAGGCGGCAGUGAGCAGCCAGUUAAUAAUGGUGGCAAAAAGCUGCCUCUGGUAACUUCAAGCAGAGACAAAAUUCUGUUUUAAUGACAUUGAAGCUGCCUCCGGUAGCAUCAGGAAAAUAAAUGGUCCUGACUUUAAAACUCAGCGCUGUACAAUAUUGCCUCAUUUUCCUUUUGUAAACCUGUUUUUCCGAUGAUGGCAGUGUUAAUCAAGGGCUGAAUCUAUUGCACUGCUGGAAUAUCUGUUUCCUGUGAAAAGUCAAAUUACUGCUAAAUACAAAUUGCUCCAUCCUUUGCGAAACAAACACACAUGAACAUAUACAUUCAUAAAUACAAAUUCUAUAAAUAAAACUCACAAGCUCUUGUUCAAAUUCUGAUAAUGAAAUCUGAACAUUUUUAUAAUUUGAUAGAAAUCAGAUUUCUGUUACUGCAUAUUCCUGAGCUGGGGAGUAGAAAUUCUAUUAUCAUCUACUGCCUUGUGGGCAUACCAAGUUAUGAUAGACAUUUUUUAUGCCCACUUUUAAUUAAUAUGAUUUCAAACUACCACUUUUAAUUGAUUACUGGUUUGGAUCCAUCAACCAAUCUGCACACAAAGGGGCUCAUUUACUGAUAUAAGUGUUUAUUAUAUUUUCAUUACAUUUUUUUUUACCAACAAUACAGUGUUGUUUAUCAGAAUUCCAGUGUAAUGGCUGUGGCACAUCACAUAGCAUGCGCCACAACUUGCAUGCAAUUUGCAAAUAUGUAAGCAUCAUUCGUGGCACUCUGAUGCUCACAGUCCGUUGCAUGUGUAGGUAGGUGCAAGCCAGUUGAGUUUGUAUGUGCCACACAGAAAGGGAGCCCUCAAGAAGGUGUUAAUUGCAAUGUACCUUUGCAUAUGCAUACCUUGUUUAUUGUGCCUUGCACCUUAUUCAGCAAAACAGGCGCAGCAUUUUGGUACAUGGCAUAAGUAUAGUGCCAUAUGUAUGAUGCAAGUAGCUUGAAUAGCAUUUAGAUGAAUGCAAUGUAGUAUCUAUUUUUGCACUUUGCACUUGCAUUAGCAUAUGAGCCCGAACAUUUUAAAACAGCAUUUUGCACACACACACAGCCCACAAGAAACUAAAAGAAAAGAUAUUUCAAAGUGAUUUUUUCAUGUGGAAAAAUAAAACACACAGUUUCACAAAAUAUGGUCUCUAUGUACACCUAUGUCCUUAUUGCCAGAUCCUCUAUCAUGUAGAAACCACUUGUACAUUACUAAAUCUUCCUUUACUUAGACUUUCUCUUAGCCCUUGAGGGUAUCAUUAUUUGAUCUCCUACAAAACAUGGCCUAUUUUUCUGCUUUAAGUCACUCAGUGCAUAUAUAUAUAUUCUAUAAUAGGUACCUCCCUUCAUCCACUGAGGUCCUAAAAAACAUACUAUAUAAAAAUGACUCAAUACACAAAAAGACAAAAUUCAGACACUAUUUAGUGUAAACGUGUGAGUUUACCAAACCAUUCAUUUCAUGCAAGCAGUCUGUAAUAUUCAUGUGCUAACUACAGUGCUGCAUAGGAGCCAUUAACAUUCUUCUCAGUCUUUUUACAAUAUUUUUCAUGUGCCUCAUAAAUACGCUAUUCUCUGUGUAAGAACAAUUUUGUUUGAUGGGUCCUAGAUUUAAGCAUAUAAAAAUGUUUAUAUCUUGCAAUAUUUGAUUUUUAGAUUAGGCAGGACAGCGCAAUUAGGAUUUUUAGUUUCCUUACAUAAAGCUACCAACCUACCCCAGGUUAGAGAUGAAGUGAGAUGUGAAGCUGUAUAAUGUAUAAUGUGCCCCAUGAGGGUCAGUCUGUCAUUUAAAUGAUGUUUCUGAUGUGUGCGUUAUGACAAUGCAACAAUCGGUGUGGCUAAAAGUUCCUGUCAGAUUGCAGUGCUGCUCCCUAAGAAACUAUGCCAUUUUGUCUUAUACUGUAAUCAGACUAUGCUGCUAGCGUUUGGAAAGUCUAAAAUGUUGCCACUACGUUUGUACCAUGUUCUGAAUAGAAUUUGUUUUUAGAGCUUUGUUAAUGACACAGUGCUGCAACUGGGUCAGAAUCAACUGAAAUCACCUCUUGUACCUAGCUUUCCUAAAGGAUUUGGUAUUGUAUAUCGUAUUCAUAAAUGGAUUUAUUGCAGAACAAAUAAAUGCCUAUUUAUAUUUC